GCAAAGUUAGAGCAAGUUGGCUGGAAAGUCGCAGGCGGCGUUAGACCCUUUCACGCAGGGGCCCAAGACUCUCCAGUCAACUAACUGCCUUUGACACUUGCUCUCCCACAACAGAGCCCCUUGUGUGAUUUCUCCCUGUUGUUCACGUCACCAUGGCGCUUGCUACCAAGACCGAAUCGCAGAAGAUAUUCGAGAAGCUGAAGCAGAAGCAAGCCAACAAGAUCUGCUUCGAUUGCGGCGCCAAAAAUCCCACCUGGUCGUCAGUUCCCUUUGGCAUCUAUCUCUGUCUGGACUGUUCGGCACAUCACAGAAACCUCGGCGUGCACAUCUCCUUCGUCCGCUCCACCAACCUCGACAUCUGGCAAUGGGAGCAGCUUCGUACCUUCAAGGUCGGCGGUAAUGAAUCGGCCACAAAGUACUUUCAGAGUCAUGGCGGAUCCGCCGCUCUAGCCAGCAAGGAUCCCAAGACGAAAUACACCUCCAACGCCGCCAACAAAUACAAGGAAGAGCUGACACGGAGGUGUCAGGCUGAUGCUAAGCUAUACCCCGAAGAGGUUGUCAUUGUCGACCUCGCCGACGAUGCCGGCGCAAGCGGCACAAGCACCCCUGCAGCUGAUGAUGACGACUUCUUCUCAUCCUGGGACAAGCCGACUAUCAAGCGUCCCAGCAACCCGCCAUCCCGUACUGGCACACCAGGCAUCAAUCGCACCAACUCUCCCUUCCUCAAUACCCCGGCGAACGGAGCAGCGCGACCAAAGUCUCCCCUGACCGCCGACGCUGCAGCUGCUGCGCCUGCCACUGCUCGUGCAAUUCCCGCAUCAGCAGCUCGUAAGACAGCUACGGGUGGCGCUGCGCCCCGUAAGGCUAAUAUCCUGGGCGCAAAGAAGAAGCUUGGAGCAAAGAAGGUUGACCCGGCCGCUCUUGAUUUCGACGCAGCGGAGCGUAAGGCUCGUGAGGAAGCUGAGAGGAUCGCCAAACUGGGUUAUGACCCCGAAGCAGAAGCCGCUCCCGCAGAGGCCAAGAUCGCGUCUGCACAACCAGAUUCAAACUCGAGCAUAGCGAGUCCGCAGCCUGUGAACCCUCGAUCUGGUGCUGAUUUCGGCGCAACUGGAAAAGCCAAAGAGAAGGAACAAGUUGAUAUGGAGAAACUGGGCAUGAGUGUUCGCAAGCUUGGAUUUGGUCAGGUCGGCGGUGGAGCUCCCGCCGCCGCAGCGCCCAAGAAGAUGGGCUUCGGCUCGACUACGAGGGCAACAGAAGACGAUUCAGAGAAGUACGCUCGCCAGAAGUUUGGAACACAAAAGGGCAUUUCAUCAGACGAAUUCUUUGGCAGAGGCACUUUCGACUCGAAUUCUCAACAGGAAGCCAAGUCUCGUCUGCAAGGCUUCGAAGGUGCCCAGUCAAUCUCAUCGAAUGCCUACUUCGGACGACCCGAGGAUGAGAUGCCCGAAGGUGAAUACGGAGACAUUGAGACGGCAGCCAAGGACUUUGUGCGCAAACUUGGUAUCACUGCAGGAGAUGAUCUCGAAAACCUCACCAGUCUACUAGGAGAAGGCUCUACCAAAUUGCAAGGUGCGAUCAGAAACUACCUCAACGGAUAGUCCUGAUACAAUACCGAGAAGAAGGUGAUGAAUGAGGAUAGCACGUAGGAAGAGAGGCACCAAGUUAGCACUUAGGUAUCAGAUGAAGAAUGAAGCGAGUCCAUUACCACACUC